AUCCGGGCUCUCAACCAAUCCCAGUGCAGAAGGCGGGACUUGACGGAAUACGAGUGGGGAAAAAAGAACUGACGCUGACUCUAAUCCCCACUUUCCGCAUCUACCUAGCUGUAAAUUUCAGACGAUGUGUAAUACCGGGAUUGAAGUAGAGCAGUAGAGCAAUGAAGAGCGAGGAAGAGGACGAGAGGAUGAACAUGACGGCGGAGGAGCUGCAGCACUGGGUGAGGUCGCAGGUGGAGAAGAACGAGCAGCUGGUGCAGAGGCGAGCGCAGUUGGAGCAGGUGGAAGACUGGGUGAAGCAGAAAGAGAGGGAGGCAUCGUACACUCAGCUGCUGUAUAAUAACGCCUGCGAAUCAGUGCUCGAGUGUGAGUCUGUGAUGAAGGGCUUGUAUGGAAUGCUGGGACUGGACUAUCGAGACACCGACUCUGAGGAAGAAGGAGGAGGCAAACCUACGGAAAACGUCAUACAGAUCGCGGAUGAUUUUGACAACGGAGAGGACGAGCGUGGCGAUGAUGGGGAAGAGGACGAUGAGUAUGUUGUCAUUGAUUUAGGGGCCGCUGUUCCCGAAACUGAACUGAAGGAAGCUGAUUUGUCAACAGCCAUAGAGUCUUCAGAAUGUUCUGGACAGAUGUUAGAUCAGAACGUGGAAAGGUCUGAGGCUGUUGACCCUUCAGCCAAAGUCAAACCCAAGUCAUCCUCAGCGAUCAAGAAAAAGAGAUCCUCCCACAAAAGUGUAAAGACUUUACGAAGCUCUUCACCAAUUACUGCACCAUCUCCCGGUGAUUUGUCUGCUCAGUUAACGCCCCAAAAGGAAAGUCCUCGUCCUGUUUCAUCAGGCAAAUCGGUCCCCAUGAGUGAGACUGUUAAAACCCCUCCACCGGGCACCGUUCAAAGCACAUCCACAUCCACAAGCGAUACAGAUAGACUUGAAACCCCUACAAAACAGAAUGUUGACACUCCAGUGCAACUUGUGACAUCUACCCCAACAUCUACACUCCUGGUGAAAUCUGUUUCUGCUUCCAAAUCUUCAAAAACAAACUCAGUCAGCCAAAAACCUGCCUCUAAGAGCAAGAGUUCCAAAACAACUCCAACUUCAGACUCCACUGGAAAAACCAGAGCCAAGGAAAAAGUUAAACAAACCAGUCCCGAUUCCAGCAGCCAACCUUCAAGCACCUCAAUGCCAUCUAGUAGCACAGUUAAAGCCAUACCUUCUGAAAAAGCUAAAGAUAUCCCCCCUAAACAAGGAGACAAUCCUGAGACUAAAUCACCUACCUCCAGCCCUCCCUCUGGUGCCACAAAUGCCACAACGUCUACCAAGCCACCAGAUGCUAGAGAAGUCUCCAUUAUGCCACAGGUCACACCAGACACGCCUGCGCUGCCUGCUCAUGCUCCGCAAGACGUGAAGCUGAAGGUCAACAUGAGCGUUCUCGGAUGGCGGAGGACCAAAACAUGGCACCAAGGCACGAUUUUAGACAUCAAAUCAACUGAGUCCGGUCCUAGGUAUAAGAUCCUGUUUGAUGGAGGUAAAGGCAAGAGUGUUUUAUCUGCUCAUCACCUCGCGUGUGUUGGCCCUCCUAUGCUGAAGGAUCUCUUUGUGGGAUGUCGAGUCGUCGCCUGCUACAAAGAAGAUAACCAGUCUUGGCUUCAUGCUGCCGUAGUGGUCGAGAUGCCAGAACGCAGGAAUCGGAUGAGGUUCUUGGUGUUCUUUGACAACGGAUGUCCAGCCUACAUCAGCCUGCCAGACCUCCACUUGGUCUGUAAGCCAUUGAAGAAAAUGUCAGACGACAUAGAUGAUAAGGUGUGGCGUGCGGAGGUGGAGGAAUAUCUACAGGCGUAUCCAAACCCCAUUUUUGUGGUGAUGCGGGUGGGGCAGGAUAGUAAGGUGGAACGUGAUGGACAGAUGGAGCUCUGCACCGUCACUCAGGUGGAUGGGAGCCUGAUCCAGAUCUGUUACAAGAAAGAUGAGGAGAAAGAGUGGCUAUACAAGGGCUCGAAUCGACUGGAGCAAAUCCAAAGGAUUAAGAAGCGAAUGUCUGAGCAGAAGAAGGACGAGGCUGUAAAUACAGCUGGAUGGAUUGUACCUAAGAAGAACACUAAACUACCCACCAGCAUCACCACCAGCACCACUGCUACCUCCUCAACACCAGUUUCUACAAACACUGUGCCCUUAAAAACCUCGACUGCUCCAACUGUUUCUUCUCAGAGAGUUUCUCCAGUCACGACAUCGCAAAAUACGACAAAGAUAUUUCUGGGUAACUCGAUCUCGCAGCCCAGAGUCGUCCUGAAGAGAGUUACUUUGCCUUUAGCUUUGACUGCUGUGAAAAUCAGCACACACACCGAGCCCACAGUGACCAGUCCAUCUAACACAGGAACUAAACGCCCCCCUCCUGAAGAGGAAGACUGCAGAUCACUGAACGCUCUUCUCCCGGUUGUUGAGCCACGGUUAAAGUAUGUACCUCAUCGCUGCUGCCCGGCUUGUCUGGAUCACAUGAGGCCGACGCAGAAGGAUCCACACCGUGGCCAGAAUCCGCUGCUCAUCCCGCUGCUCCACGGGUUUCGCCGCAUGACCGCUAGAAGGCGUCUAGAUGGGAAGAUGUCUUUUCACGUCUUCUAUCGUGCUCCUUGUGGGCGGAGCAUGUGUGAGAUGGAAGAGAUUCAGGCCUUCCUGUUUGAUUCACGCUGUGAUUUCCUCUUCCUGGACAUGUUCUGCUUGGACCCAUUUGUCUUGGUGAAAAGCGCCAUGCUCCCAUCCUCCAUGAUCAGCCAUCCCUUUGUGUUCCUGCCAGACAUUUCAGCAGGAAAGGAGGUGGUGCCUGUGCAGUGCGUUAACGAGCUUAACGCUGUCUCUCCACCUCCUGUGACCUACACCAGACACAGGCUGCCUGCUCCUGGUGUCUUCAUCAACACCAGCCUUGACUUCAUGGUGGGAUGUGAUUGUACCGAUGGCUGCCGAGACAGGUCAAAGUGCGCGUGUUACCAGAUGACAAUCGAGGCCACGUCGUUGUUCACCGGCGGACCUGUGGACGUCACUGCCGGAUACACGCACAAGCGAUUGCCCAGAUACGUGCCCACUGGGGUGUACGAGUGUAACUCUCUGUGUCGCUGUGAUCCCAAGCUGUGUAAUAACAGGCUGGUACAACACGGGCUUCAGCUGCGCCUGGAGGUUUUCAUGACUCAACACAAAGGCUGGGGUCUGCGCUGCCUGGACGAUAUGUCCAAGGGGACAUUCGUGUGUGUGUUCACAGGUAAAGUAGUCAAGGAUGAGGUGGUGAACGCAGAAAGUGCUAUGUCUGGCAAUGAGUACUUGGCAAACCUGGACUACAUUGAAGGAGUGGAGAAACUGAAGGAGGGCUAUGAAAGUGAAGCUUACUGCUCCGACAAGGAGGAAGAGAGUGACAAGAAGACUCUCAUAACUAUGACGACGGGAGCGUUAAAGAAACAUGACGUUUUCCUGAUGGAAUCAAAUUCUAGCAGUGGUGAAGAAAAGGAAGACACAACCAAAACGAAAGUCAGUGAAAUGACUGAAAUCACUAAAACCAAAAUGCCACAAGGUAAAAGAGAGAGACAAGUGAGUGAUGAUGAUUUAGAAGGUGCCGAUGAUUCUGUAGACGAUGAGGAUUAUAAACCCAGUGACUUGAGCGAUGAGUGUAAGAGGAGCUACACCACACGCAGAAAUACCAAGAUCCCAGAAGAAAAAGAAUUUCCUAACAUUGUCCAGACAUCUGCUAAAAUCUCAGAGGAGCAAACGGAGGUGACCGCAUCCAUGGCCAAGAAGAUGAGAAAAGAGGGUCCUGGAGGCCCUAAGAUGGGAUUUGCCAGGAAAUCAACACGUGCUUUUGCCAUCAAGUCCAGUCACAGGAGAGUGAAGCCACAAGCAGAACCUGAGAAAUGUGUGCAAGAAAAUAAAACGGCACACGGCAGGAAGUGCACACGCAGUCUGUUUAACGGGGAAAAGGCGUGUUAUCUCAUCGAUGCCAAGCAGGAGGGAAACCUGGCACGAUACAUUAACCAUAGCUGCAAUCCUAAUCUGUUCGUCCAAAACGUUUUUGUGGACACACAUGACCUCCGUUUCCCCUGGGUUGCAUUCUUCACCAGCAAGCGUAUAAGAGCUGGAACAGAGCUGACGUGGGAUUACAGCUAUGAAGUAGGCAGUGUGGAGGGAAAGGUGCUGCUCUGCUGCUGCGGCUCGUCCGAAUGCACCGGCCGGUUACUUUGAAAACGGAUUCUUCUGCUUUACAACAAUGUCAUGAUGGACCAAAGGAGAGAGAUUCCAAGCUCUUUACUUGCCACCUGUUCACACUUUGCAAUUCAGGAACUUAAGGAAGGCUGCACACGGCAUACUUUUAGCUUAUUAUAGCCAAUUAAAAUAAAUUUAAAAAUGAAUUUGGAUAUGAUUUACUUGUUAAUAAAAAGGAUGAACUCUACA